AUGUUGUGGUCAUGGACCUCUGCUCUAAAGAUCACUCUUUUUCUCCUCCUUGUUUCCGCUGUUAUUGUUGCUAUCUUGAUUCUCCCAAUUCAACAGAUUUUGAAUGAUUUCUUGAUAUGGGUUGAUCGUGAUCUUGGGAAAUGGGGUCCCCUUGCUCUGGCAGUUGCUUACAUUCCUUUGACGAUAUUGGCGGUUCCGGCCUCCGUACUUACCCUUGGUGGUGGUUAUCUAUUUGGCCUUCCAAUUGGCAUUAUUGCUGACUCUAUUGGUGCAACCAUCGGUGUUGUAGCUGCAUUUCUUCUUGGUGGAACAGUAUGUUUUGCAUUAAUUUAUAGUUGGGAAUUAAAAAAGUUUAAAACUGCUCCAAUAGUUUCUAAAACUCCUAGACACGUCAACACUCCUAAUGUAAUAAACAUAAACAUAAGACACUGA